GAUCCCUCCGCAAACCAAGACAGAAUAGCAAAGCAAAAAUGGCGGGCACUGAGAAUAAUGAACUCAUGUUAGAGUUCCAGAAAAGUGGCGUUUACAAAAUCCCUAAUUCACAAACAUUCUUCGUUGAUCCUGUUCGAAUCCUCAAUCGUAACUACACCCAAUUUAGGGUUUGCUCUUCUUCCUAUUACUCUCGCUUCUUCACUUCCAGUUUCACCAUUGAUGAACAAAAUGAAAAAAUUGAAGAAAAAUUUAGGGUUUCUGCAAGCAGUGGAAAGAGAAAACGGACACAAAGGAGGAAGCAAUGUUAUUCUCUUAAUGAGAAAGAACUACUGGCCGAUCAGCGACACCAGGAAAUUAGGCCUUUACUAGUGAAGGCACAUGAGGAAUUUCUAGAAGCUAAGAAGCUGUUAAAUGUGAUUUGUGAGCUUAAUUGUGAAAUUGAGGGUUGGGAAUGUUGUGCUGAAUUGAACGGUGGAAUUAAAGAAGAAGAAGUUUCGUUUAUUGAGCUUGGGAAAGUUUGGCAAGCUCCUUUGUAUGAUAUUGCUCUUGAUUUUACUCAAGCUAACAAACAUGUUAGAAAAAAUGGAGGUUCCCCCUGUACUCAGCAUGAUGAUCAAGAGUUACUCCCAUUAUUCAAUAACUUAGUUUCAAACGAUACAAGCUAUGAUAUGGUGUCGGAAUUCCAGACAAUUCGGUACAUUUUACCAAAAGAUAGCUGCUUUUACAUGUCUGAACUGGAGCAGAUUCACAACCUUGUUCCUGCUGACUCGGAAUGUGGCUUUAAUUUUAUAAUGAUCGAUCCACCGUGGGAAAACAGAAGUGCCUAUCAGAAGUCAAAGUACCCUACUUUGCCAAACAAGCAUUUUUUGUCACUUCCUAUUAAGCAACUUAUUCAUACAAGUGGAGCUCUUGUAGCUUUAUGGGUGACAAACAGGGAGAAAUUGCGGAAAUUUGUUGAGAAUGAACUAUUUCCAGCAUGGGGAGUCAGAUAUGCAGCUACAUUAUAUUGGUUGAAAGUAAAAGCUAACGGGACUUUGAUAUGUGACCUAGAUCUCUUUCAUCAUAGGCCAUAUGAAUGCCUUCUUAUUGGUUACAUUGACAGACAUGUGACAGAUUAUGAGCUGCCAUCCAUAGUAAAGUCUUUAAAGGAUCAAGUAGUGAUGACCAUUCCAGGGGACUAUUCAAGAAAGCCCCCGGUUGGAGACUUGCUCCUGGAGUAUGUACCAGGACCAAGACCUGCUCGUUGCAUCGAGCUAUUUGCCAGAGAAAUGAUGGCUGGAUGGACAUCUUGGGGUAAUGAACCUCUGCACUUUCAAGACAUGAGAUAUUUCUCAAGGAAGAUAACUGGGAAAUGUACCAAGUAAAGAGAAUCGCUCAAGCAUAUUCAGAGAUUAUACUAUUACUGACACUAGUUGAGGCGAAGAGUCUGUGUUUUAACUAUGUCGCCGCUGAAGAUGACUUUGCUUCCAAAUUGUAAAAUUUCUUUGAUAUUUACUCCCAAAUCAAUUGAGAAUUAGUAGUAUGUGGGGUACAUAUUCACCAUUAGUGAUAUCAAUCACUUUGUAUUUUUAUUAAUAGUGAGUAUUGAGUGACCAACUAAAUAAGUCUUCCCCCAAAUUCCUACAGUACACUUAUCAAGUACUCCAUCCGUAUCGAAAUAAUUAGGAUAAUUUACCUUUUCA